GCAAAAUAGUCAGCAGUUUGCUGCGGGCUAGCUAACAGCAGCAAUAUAGUCCAUGACUGAACAUAGCUACAUUUCCCGAAAAUGAAGACGGCAUUGCGGUGGUAAAUAUAUACGUAACAUUUACAAUAAGUAGUGAAAACUCAGACUCGAUGCCAGUAGCCAGAAGAGCUAUAAUUUAGCUAGCGCUUGAACCGCAGUUCCAUCAUCAUGGCAUCCUCACUGCGAAGCGAAGUCCGCUCUGGCGAAGGGACUUUGGGAGCGCUGCCCGGGGCUCGGCCACAGCUUCGCUCGCACCUCCUACACGCCACAAACACCACAGGUUCCCCUGGGUCUCAAAUGGUGGAGUCUGUGGACGAUGCGGAGGGUUUGUAUGUCGCCGUGGAGCGAUGUCCUCUCUGCAACACCGCCAGGCGCAGGCUGACGUGCGCCCGAUGCAUCCAUGCAGGCGAUUUUAUAUACUUCGACGGUAGAAACCCUGAACGAUACACUGACAAAUUGGAAAGACUUAAAAUGCUGAAGGUGGAGAAAGAACGUUUCCAACACAUGGUCAUUACAGCCAUGGACAAGAAAGUCCAGGCAGAUCAGCUGAAAUGGAAGAUCAUGUCAUGCAAGAUGAAAAUAGAGCAGCUGAAGGAGGCUAUUGGUUGUGGGAAUGAAGAGGUGAAAAGUGGUAAGGACCUGCUGCUUCGCUCCCAAGAGGAGAGCCAGAGGCUGCAGCGGCGGGCCAGCCGCCAUCAGGAGAAGAGGGACAAGAUAGAGAGACACAACCUGCGGCUGGGAGAGCUGCUGGAGAAGAGGGGCAAGGAGCUGCAGGGUCGUCUGGAGCACCUGGCUGAGGUCCGCAGAGGACACAUCCUGGAGCUCACCGCUCACAUCUUCCCCACACAGGAGGAGAAACAGGGUAGCAGGGACCCAGCAGACGUGUUGUCGGAGUGUGACUUGGUCCUGACCUCCAGCACAGUGAGUGAGUUAGCUGAGGCCCGCCGCACCACCUACCUGUCAGGGCGCUGGGUCUGGGAUGACCAGAAUGGAGAGACCUCUAUUAGCAUCACUGGACCCAGGGUCACGCUGCCCAGCAACGGGGACUGCUCCCCCUAUUACAGCUGGGUGGAGGAGAAGAGCACCAACGAGGGGCCCGAGUUGGACCACAUCAACCCAGCCCACACCAUCAGUGCAGCCCUCUGUUUUGCUACCCAGCUCAUCAACAUCCUCUCUCACAUCCUGGAUGUCAAUCUGCCCAAGAAGUUGUGUAACAGUGAGUUCUGUGGUGACAGCCUGAGCAGGUACAGGUUCACCCGGGCUGUCACCAAGCUCAACACCAACAUCCUUCACCUCUGCUUCUCACAGCAUGUUGAGAGUGAGCUGCUGCACCCUCACCACACCCUGAGGAACAUCAUGUUCCUUGUCUCUCCUGACAACAAAAACCUGGGCAGGACGGGUCCGUACGAGGUGACUGCUGACCUGGAGGACUCCAUGGAGUUUGUUGAGCCGGAGGCGGCCGGCCCGGCAGAGGAAAGCGGAGAUGAGAUGGUGACGGAUGAGGAGACAGACCUGGGGACAGACUGGGAAACGGUCCCCAGCCCGCGCUUCUGUGACAUCCCCUCCCAACCCAUGGAUCUGUCCCAGAGCACGGCCAUGCAGGUGUCCCAGCCCGUGGGCCAGGCCGGGGGCAUGAUCUCCUCAGCAGCAGCAUCCGUCACCUCCUGGUUUCGGGCCUACACCGGCCAGCGCUGAGGGAGGCUGGGGACUCACUGGCCAGGGUCGUAUAUAUUAGAGCACACUAGAAAAACGUUUUGCAACGUAGAAUAAAAACAAGUUUGUUUUUUUAUUGAACAAGUUCAGGUAGUGUUUCAGUCCGUUUGGUGUCUAAUGAAUGCACCCCAGGACUGGCUGGAGCUAUGCAGCACUGCCACUGACCACCACACAGAGACUGUUCUGUUCUGGCCUAGGCCUGUAAUCAGCCUGCAGUCCUGGUCCCACUACCACCAAGAAGGGAUAUUUGUUUUUACUAAAUUGCAUGACUGAAUCCCUGUGGGAGGAAGGGGAAUGUAUCGCUCACUUUCUUAUGGAGGAGAAUGUUGUCAUUGACAACAGUGAUUUUUCUGGUAAAAAUGGUUAUAGUGCGAAAGACUGUCGCUUGGAACGGGUGUUAUUCAAAGAGUAGUCUCUCUCACAACUCUCGGCCAUCUGCACGCUCCAUCCCAGUUGUUGUGAGAAGACAAUUUAAAGAGAGACGGGAGCUUCUGUUGCUUUCCUGUGUACCCAUUUAUAUUGUCGGUUCUUAAUGUUUCUUUACUACAUCCCAAAUGGUACCCUAUGCCUUAUAUAGUGCACAACGUUUGACCAGAGCCCUAUGGGCCUUGGUCAAAAGUAGUGCACUUCAUAGGGACUAGGGUGCCAUUUGGGACAUAACCUUCCUUCCUGCUGCAUUAUAACAAAAUGGUUUGUGUAAGGAUUGUGUUUUGAAGACUGACGAAUGCCAAACAAGGGGCAUGACCUUAGUUAUUCUCACUAAAUGAUGGCAUGGCACUUUCUUUGUUUUACUUCAAAUGCUGUUUAAUUACCAGGUGUGUGUGUGGUGGUGGUGGUGGUGGGGGGGACAAACUUGACUGCAGCAGUUCAAUGUUGGGGAGAGAGAUGAACUAGUGGCAUUUGUUUUCCUCAGAAGGGUAGAUUUAUACUAUUUAUAGUAACGUGGGUGCCUAAAACCUCAUUGGUGUGUUUUGUGGGUCUUUAUACAGGUGAUUCGAACAGUGACAUAGGUGGCUUAAAUGAUAGGAUAGGACACAAUACAGUUGUGGUCUGAAGUUCACAUACACCUUAGCCAAAUACAUUUAAACUCAGUUUUUCACAAUUCCUGACAUUUAAUCCUAGUAAAAAUUCCCCGUCUUAGGUUAGUUAGGAUCACCACUUUAUUUUAAGAAUGUGA